AUGGCAGCCUAUGGAUUUGCUGCAGAGGACCGUGAUCCGGGUCGGACCUAUACUCCAACUCACAGCUCUGAUGAGGACUUACCACAGCUUUCCAGCCUGUCAUUGAGUGAGAGGAGAUACCGACUUUUUACCCUACGCAAAGAUGGACGAAGCUGGAUCCAGCACAGCUCUUCAGAAUCACGUCUGUCGGAGAGUGAAAUUAAGAAGCGAGCCAGUCGCUCUAGCAAAGCUUCACACAGUGUUGCAGCCCAGCUACAAAAGAUGAGUCCUCCCAGAAGAAACGCUGUGGAGGGUCUUGUCGAGCGCGUCAACCGGAGAGAUGUCAACGGAGAUGUGUGGGAUCUUUAUGCAAUCCAUAAUGACCAGCCAGAAGUGACUAAAAAAACAGGUGAAGUGCUUUCCUUCUCUAUCGUCUUGAACAAAGUCAACCCCACUCGCCAACGUACAAAUUCCAUGUCACAAGAACGGAGACGCUCUGCGUACAUAUCGCCCACUCAAGAGUAUGCUAUGCCCACUCGUCGUGGAUCAAAGUCUUAUUACACCUCCCAUACAAACCCAAUACAUGAUAGCAAUGCGGCGAGACAGAGCCAGAGCUUUAGAACCAGCCAAACUAUCCUUGAAAAUGACCCUUUCGGUAAUGCUACCCUAUUCUCGAAAGAUGGAAAGCCAGUUGUCACUCCAGGAACUGCUGCAUAUCCCAAUGCUGGUCUUCCACCUCAUAUUCCUCUGGACGAGCCAAUUGGUGCUCCUGUUCGCGACGAAACGGAGAAGAAGGACGGCAAACCCAAGAAAACAAAGGGUAACAAGGAUGACGAUGUCAUUGACCUUGACGCCUUGCUUGGUGGCAGUUUCAAUGAUGAUGUGCUCGGAGGUCACUCACAUGACAAGCAUCACAAGGGCCAUGAGCACCAAGACGAUGACGAUUUCGACUUUGAUAGCCCAAUCGAGAUUGUAGGGGAGAACCACGGCCGAGGCCGCAAGCAGAAUGAGAAGGGAUGGGGAUCUAAGACACCUAAGCAGGGCCUGUCUCGCUCCAGGUCGCGGCCAAAAUUCAAACAGCAACGCUUCUCGAGCAGUAUGCCGAGAGAUGGUGAGUACAAAAGGUCGAGGCCAGAAGUCCUCACACCAGCGGGUCGAAGAAAGCAACCACAAUAUUAUGGCUCGCACGGCUCAGCCACAACAGCGUCUAUUCACUCUGAUCAGUCUGUCCUUGAAGCAGAAUAUGAAGAGUAUAGCAGCUCGAACUCAAGCCAUGAAUACGAGCAAGACGAUUACCAUGACUCGUAUACUCCAGCACCCAGCAGUCGCUAUGCUCGAGCUACCAAUUACCAUCGACGUGGUCCGCCAUCUCCUCAACAACAGCGCUACGAGAUGCCUGGAGACUAUGUACCAGCUACACGGCAUCCACGACAAGAGCGCCUGGUAUCAGAGGGUGCCGUUGCACGAUAUGGAUACAGUUAUAGCCCACAUCCAACCCAACGACCACCGUUGAUCACACAGCAUUCCGCGCCACGUUUUACUCCUUCACCUGUAUCAGCGCAUCCUCAUUCCGCGUACCCACAUUUACAAACGCCAGCCUACACUUAUGACACAGCCUUGACACCUUACCCAUCAGAUCUUCGUCGUCGUGAUUCAAUUCAAACACAUCAUGCAGAAAUGUAUAUGGAUCAGGAGAGGGACAAGCACAGGAGAGAGAUCGAGCUAUUACAGCGCGAACGGGACAUAGCAAUACGAGAGGCAGAGAUGCACCAAGAAGUCGCACGAAGAGCAAGCGUCAGUACACGACCUGGUGGUGGAGGUUCAAAGUAUGUACACGAGCCAAGAUUGAGCAGGCGAUACACGGAGCAGUAUCAUGGUUGA